AUGUGUAAAGGAGGAGAGGGCAAUUGUGGCAUCAUGGCAUCCAUCAUUGAUGAUGAUUCGACCGUGAGCUACUACCGCAUCCACCGCGGGAUUGUGCCGCCACCAGCCGCCAUGAUCAUGAACACGGAGGACGCAGACAGCGACGACGACGGUGAUGAUGAGUUCAAUGGCGCCGCACAGCAAGCCGACAACAAGAAGCGCACCAGGAGAAAGAAGAAGAAGAAGAAGAAUGAUGAGGAGGAGGAGGAGGACAAGAACUGACGCGCCACGAAAUGCGUGGAUGCGGGCGAGCAAUGUAUUCUGUGUGUGUGUGUGUGUGUGUGUG